GUUGGAUAAGAAGCAGAGCUAGAGUGUGCAUGCAAACAGUAUUCCCUCACGUUUUAGCCUUGGAGUUGAUUUGUCCGUGUUUGCUGACGACUAAGGACUGGUGAUAAUCUGAAGAGAAUAUAUUCUCUCUUGCAAAGCUCCAUGAUGGGAGAACUACUGUACAAUCCAAGAUAACAGCAACAGCUGCCUCAGGUUGUCAAACUCAGCAGUCAGUUUCCAGCAGAGUGACAUCAUGGCGGCUGCAGCAUCAGUGUCAGACUAUCUGAAACCUGUGAUGCGGAGAAGCAGCUAUGAAUUGCUGCCACCUUCCAUGUCUGAGCUGAGAGUUGUUCUGCUGGGGAACAGCUGGUCUGAGAGGAGUUCAGUGGGGAACUUGAUACUGGGAAAGGCUGUGUUCAGCACUUGGAAAGAACCAGACCACUGUGUGAGACACAGAGGACCGCUAAAAGAGAAAGAAAUAGUUCUCAUCAACACUCCAGAUCUGCUGCAUCCCAACAUCUCUGAACACAAACUGACAGAACAUGUAGAAAACUGUGUGAGACUCUCUGAUCCUGGACCUCAUGUGUUCCUGCUGGUUCUACAGCCUGAAGACUUCACUGAGGAACACAAACUGAGACUCUGCCGAGUCCUUGAAAAGUUCAGUGAGCGAUCAUUUGAUCAUUCUCUGGUUUUGAUAUCACCACCCAGAGAGGAGAGUUCAAGUUCCAAACAAAAAUACAGUGAACAGCCUCCCUUAAGAGGCAUGAUAAAAAAAUGUAGAAACAGAUAUCUGACGCAGAAGACCCCUGAAUGUCCAGAGCUGUUAACACGUUUGGGUCAAACUGCAAAGGAGAACAAUGGAGAGCAUGUGAGCUGUGAUGUAUUCCAGGACACAACAUCUACUUUAGCAGGUGAUCAUCAAAGACCAAAACAAAAGGAAGAAAAGAUUUCCAUCGUCCCAGCUGCUGCUAAAGCAUCUGCAUCUGCACUCAGGAUUGUGCUACUGGGAAAAAGUGAUGACAAACAGACAAAACUUGGUAACUUUAUCAUCGGGAACCAAAGUUUUCAUUCCCCAACCAGGCAAUGUGUGGCCAUGCAUGGAGAGUGGAGAGGGAAACCAUUAACAGUAGUGAAAACUCCAGACAUGUUCAGUCCGUCUGAGCAGACUGUGAGAAGAGAGGUGCAGUACUGUGUGAGUCUUUGUCCUCCUGGACCAAAUGUUCUGCUGCUGUUAGUGAAUCCUUCUGACUUCACAGAGGAGAACAGCCAGAGAGUGAAGUUCAUCCUGAGUUUGUUUGACGAAGAUGCUUUUAAGUUCUCAAUGGUCAUCCUGACGCAUGAGAGUGGAAUGACUUUCACUUUUAAUGAACUCCUUCAAAACUGUGAAGGAAGAAACUACAGUUUGUCUGAAGAUAACCACAGAUCAUUAAUGGAGAGGAUUGAAGAAACGGCAAAUAAAAAAAUGACAGCAGCUCUAAACAUGGUUGUGUGUGGGAGGAUUGGAGCAGGGAAGACCUCAGCAGCCAAGGCCAUUUUAGGUCAGACAGAGCUUCAUUCAGUCUCCAGCCAAGAGUGUGUUAAACAUCAGGGAGAGGUGUGUGGACGUUGGGUUUCCCUGGUGGAGCUGCCUGCAUUGAAUGGAAAACCUCAGGAGGAAGUGAUGGAGGAAUCAAUCAGGUGUAUCUCCCUCUGUGAUCCUGAGGGCGUCCAUGCCUUCAUCCUGGUCCUUCCUGUGGGUCCCCUCACUGAUGAAGACAAGGGAGAGUUGGAGACCAUCCAGAACACUUUCAGCUCUCGAGUCAAUGACUUCACCAUGAUUCUGUUCACUGUGGAGUCAGAUCCUACAGCUCCAGAUGUUGUUAACUUUCUAAAGGAAAACAAGGACAUCCAGGAGCUCCGUCAGAGCUGUGGAGGAACACACUUUGUCCUCAACAUCAGGGACCAGCAGCAGAUCCCAGAGCUGUUGGACAGUUUAGAAAAAGUGAGACUGAGACCCAAAAAAGACAAACCAUUCUGCUACACAACAGAAACAUUUGCAUUUGCCCAAAUGGAAAAGAUAACAACACUACAGGCUGAACUGAAGGAGCUGAGAACAAAAAGCACAAUCAGCUGUGAUGAAGAGCAGCAGAGCCCAGAGAGUCUCAGGAUUGUGCUGAUAGGGAAGACGGGCUGUGGGAAGAGUUCUUCAGGAAACACCAUUCUAGGAAGAGAGGUGUUCAAAGCUGAAUCAAGUCACAUAUCAGUUACUAAAGAGUGUCAGAAAGCAGAGAGUGAAGUGGACGGUCGUCCUGUUGUUGUGGUCGACACUCCUGGUCUGUUUGACACAACUUUGUCCCAUCAAGCAGUUAAUGAAGAGUUGGUGAGAUGCAUCAGUCUUCUGGCUCCAGGACCACAUGUCUUCCUGUUGGUGUUACAAAUUGGCAGACUCACAUCAGAGGAGAAGGAGACAUUGAAACGCAUCAAGGAAGGUUUUGGGAAGAAUGCUGGAAAGUUCACCAUCAUUCUUUUCACCAGAGGAGAUUCACUGGAACGGGACAAGAUUUCUAUUGAUGAAUACAUUGAAAAAGAGCGUGAUGAAUCCUAUAAGGAACUGAUUUCUGACUUUGGAGGAAGAUAUCAUGUGUUCAAUAACUGUGAUAAACAAAACCACAAACAAGUCAGUGAGCUGGUAACAAAGAUCGACACCAUGGUGAAGGAGAAUGGAGGCAGCUGCUACACCAAUGAGAUGCUGCAAGAGGCCGAGGCAGCGAUACAGAAAGAAGUGGAGAAGAUCCUGAAGGAAAAGGAAGAAGAGAAGCAGAGAGCAGAAAUUGAGAAGGAGAGAAAACUGAGAGAAAAACAACUUGAAGAAAUGAAGGAAAAAAUCAACAAGGAAUGUGAGGAGAGAAGGAAAGAACAGGAAGAGAGAGAAGAAGAAGACAGGAAGAGAAAACAAGAGGAAGAAAAACAAAAACAUGAGUGGGAACAGAAAGUUGAAGCUUUGGAGCGAAAAAUAAGAUCAGAGUCAGAAUUAAAGGAAAGAAAACUGGAGGAGAACAGAGAAGAGAUGAGAAAAGAACGAGAGAACUGGGAGGAAAAACAGAAAGAAGAGAGAAAGAAACGAGAACAAGAAGAUGAACAGAGACGACAGGAGGAACAAAUAAAACUGAAAAAGCUUCAAGAAGAAUACAAACUGGAGAGAGAAAAUUAUGAAAAAAGAAUCAAAGAGGAGAGAAUCAGAAGAGAAAAGGAGGAAAAACAGAGAAGAGACAACGAAGAAAAACAGAGAGCAGAAAUUGAAAAGGAGAGAAAACUGAGAAAAAAACAACUUGAAGAAAAGGAGGAAAAAAUCAACAAGGAACGGAAGAAAAGAAAGAAAGAACAGGAAGAGAGAGAAGAAGAAGAAGAAAAACAACGACAGGAGUGGAAAGAAAAAGUUAAAGUUUUGGAGCAAAAAAUAAAAUCAGAGUCAGAAUUAAAGGAAAGAAAACUGGAGGAGAGCAGAGAAGAGAUGAGAAAAGAACGAGAGAACUGGGAGGAAAAACAGAAAGAAGAGAGAAAGAAACGAGAACAAGAAGAUGAACAGAGACGACAGGAGGAACAAAUAAAACUGAAAAAGCUUCAAGAAGAAUAUGAACAGGAGAGAGAAAAUUAUGAGAAGAGAAUCAAAGAGGAGAGAAUCAGAAGAGAAAAGGAGGAAAAAGAGAAAAGAGACAACGAAGAAAAACAGAGAGCAGAAAUUGAAAAGGAGAGAAAACUGAGAGAAAAACAACUUGAAGAAAAGGAGGAAAAAAUCAACAAGGAACGGGAGAAAAGAAAGAAAGAACAGGAAGAGAGAGUAGAAGAAGACAGGAAGAGAAAACAACAGGAACAAAAAGAAAGACAGGAGUGGGAACAGAAAGUUGAAGCUUUGGAGCAAAAAAUAAGAUCAGAGUCAGAAUCAAAGGAAACUAUAGACAGAAAACUGGAGGAGAGCAGAGAAGAGAUGAGAAAAGAACGAGAAAACUGGGAAAAGGAAAGAAAAGAGUGGUGGAAGAAACGAGAACAAGAAGAUGAACAGAGACGACAGGAGGAACAAACAAAACUGAAAAAGCUUCAAGAAGAAAAAGAACAGGAGAGAGAAAAUUAUGAAAAAAGAAUCAAAGAGGAGAGAAUCAGAAGAGAAAAGGAGGAAAAACAGAGAAGAGACAACGAGGAAAAACAGAGAGCAGAAAUUGAAAAGGAGAGAAAACUGAGAAAAAAACAACUUGAAGAAAAGGAGGAAAAAAUCAACAAGGAACGGAAGAAAAGAAAGAAAGAACAGGAAGAGAGAGAAGAAGAAGAAGAAAAACAACGACAGGAGUGGAAAGAAAAAGUUAAAGUUUUGGAGCAAAAAAUAAGAUCAGAGUCAGAAUUAAAGGAAAGAAAACUGGAGGAGAGCAGAGAAGAGAUGAGAAAAGAACGAGAGAACUGGGAGGAAAAACAGAAAGAAGAGAGGAAGAAACGAGAACAAGAAGAUGAACAGAGACGACAGGAGGAAGAAACAAAACUGAAAAAGCUUCAAGAAGAAUAUGAACAGGAGAGAGAAAAUUAUGAAAAAAUAAUCAAAGAGGAGAGAAUCAGAAGAGAAAAGGAGGAAAAGGAGAGAAGAGAGUUUGAGGAGAACUAUGAGAAAAAAAUGGAGAAUCUGAAGAAGACACACGAAGAGGAAACCAGAAAGAAAGCUGGAGAGUUCAAUGAAUUCAAAGAGAAACGCAUCAAAGAAAUUGCAGAGCACCAGAAACAAAUGCAGUACAAAAAUAUGCAAUAUAACAUCUUAAAGGCACUUUCAGCCCGCAUCGAACAAGACAUGAAGAAAAAACAACAUGAUAUGUAUGACUUACUGAAACGUUCCACCAAAAAGAUACCAAAUCUGUCAAAAAUCAGAGAUUUACUGAAGAGGCAAGAACAAGAAAUGGAGCAGGAGAAAGAUGAAGAGAGAAAAAAGAAUCUGCAGGAAAAACAUGAAAAAGAUGUAAUUGACUUGAUGCAGAAACUUUUGGAUGAAGGCAGCGCAACAUUUUGGGGAAAUUUGAGUGAUUGGUUCUGAUACAGUUGCUUAAAGCUUAUUCGGUAUUUAAAGCUUUGUCAACAGAGUUUGACUGGUUUUGAUCUCAGAUCUAAAAAUUGUGUCAGAUAAAGGCAAAAUGUGACAAAGUGUAUUCUGCAGAGGCUUUUUCUCAGAUACAAACACUGUCACAAAUAAAUGGCCAUGAGAUAAGAACUUCAAGUGACUCCCAGUUGUUGUAAUGUGGAGAAAAAGAAGGCUACUAAGCAGUAAUCUGUGCCUCGUGUGUAUUUUUAUAUGUGGGGAAUAGAACCUGUUAAAGCUCCCCUCCAGUGUAUUUUGACAUUUUAUUUAUAUUUCAUAUUUGACUGAGUUGCAACACAACUCGGUAAAAUUAACUUUUUUCAGAAAAAGGACAAAAAACACCAAGCCAGUGUAAAAACAGUUUUAUUGAAUCUUGGUGUUUGCAUCAAGCUUUACUCAUGCAAAUCGUCAUAAUGUAUAGAGAAAUGUUUUGAUGGAAACAACUGCUGUUAAUAAGCCACAUUGUUUGCCAAUUAUGAUUAACUUUAUAUAUAUAUUUAUAUAAAAGUAUUUAGAAUCAGCUGUUAUCAGCUCCUGUAUGGUGUGACCCAUGGAUGUACAGAAAAAUAUCACAGGAUUACUUUACUGCUGAAGAAAACUUAAAAACAUGAUGAUUCUCUGGCUGUUCUGGAGUUAAAAGCAGUGUCUUUUUUUAAUCUGAUUUCCAAACCAACAUUUGUGGUCGUUUAUUUGGAUUCACACCUGAGAUAAAGAGUAAGACACACUGAACUUAAAAUGUGUUCAUCAUGCCUGUUGUCUUUGUUAUAUUGUUCUAUUUAAUGUGAGGUUAAUACAGACAGUGAAGAGAAGACAGGAGAUGAGAGAGCAGCUAAUGUUACAGUUCAUGAUCAGCAUCUUAAUCUCUGUUUUGCUUUUUAUUAUUUCGUCAACUUCUGUAAAUCAUGAUUAUAAAGACAGCGACACAGUAAAUGUAAGGGUUUGUGUUGCUGCUGCAUCAGUCUGAGACACUCAGAAUGUGAUGUGAUACGAGGAAAAGCAUCAAAUAUAACAUUAUGAAUAUAAAUACAAUAAACCUGCAGAGUGUUCCUGUUAUUGUGUCCACCUUCUGUAUGAUCACAGUCACAUAUUUCAGCUGAUAGAUCCACUACAGGAUGAUCCACUGCAGCUUCACUGUGUUCAGUUUUAUCCAGCAGGUGGAGCUCUAACAUGAACUACUGAGCUCAAUCUGUCUGCA